UAAUGCUUAUAAUAAAAUUAAAACUCUAUACCUACAUAAUAAAAAAAAUAUUUAAAUAGUGCCAGUUGAAGCUAUCAUAUUGUCAUUAGCAAGUCUCAUCACCUUUCCAAGCGACGAAUAUCAAAAUAUCAGAUAAAAUGUAUUCGGUGCAAGUAUUGGUUGUGUUAUCAACGAUGGUUAUUAUUAACCAGGCAGCAACAUUGAAGUACGAGAAUCAAUCAUCAGUCACAGCUAGUUAUGAUACUGAUAAAAUGGCAUAUGAAAUAUUAAACAACAAGACAUAUAUUUCAAAUGGCAAUUAUUCUGAAACUACAAGUCCAUAUUAUUUUAAUGUAACAGAAUUUCUUGAAAAUGUCGAUUUUUCUGAAAUUAAUUCAACCGAUAUUUUUGAAUCUAUCAACAAUUCAAAUGAAACUGCUUUACCCGUUUUAAAAAGCAAUUUUCUUGGUUCAAUCUUUAGAGUAGCUGGAAAACAAGCGGCAAUAGAAGUUGUCAGUACUCUUGGAACAUAUUUUAACAAUUUGAUAAAUAAUAAAUAAUAAAUUUACUGAGGGUAUAUUUUUUUUCAUGGGUCUACUAAUGUGAAAAAUUAUUGUAUACUAUU